AUGAAGGCUACGCCUCUCAUCGUCAAUUGGCAUGAUCAAAAUGCACCUGUCUACUCGGCGCAUUUCGAGCCCGCCGGCAAGGGACGCUUGGCCACUGCCGGUGGUGACAAUAACGUCCGUAUCUGGAACGUCGACAGUCAGGGUCCUGAGCGCAAGGUCGAAUACCUAGCCACCCUCGCCAAACACAACCAGGCUGUCAACGUCGUUCGGUGGGCCCCGCAAGGUGAACUCUUAGCCUCGGCCGGUGACGACGGCAACGUGAUCCUCUGGGUCCCAAGCGACACCCCCCCCAACACUUUUGGUUCCGACUCCCUCGACGACAAGGAAUCAUGGCGCGCUAAGCACAUGUGCCGGUCGAGUGGCGCCGAGAUAUACGACUUGGCAUGGUCUCCCGACUCGAUGCACUUCAUCAUCGGCAGCAUGGACAACAUUGCCCGCAUAUACAAUGCCAACUCGGGAACGCUCGUCCGUCAGAUUGCCGAGCAUAGCCAUUACGUCCAGGGCGUGUGCUGGGAUCCCCUCAACGAGUACAUUGCUACGCAGUCUUCCGACCGGUCGGUGCACAUCUACUCCCUCAAGACCAAGGACGGAAGUUAUACACUGGGCUCCGAUGACAAGACGCCAAAGCUCGCCAGCCAUGUCAAGGCCGACCUGCCCCCCCGGCGCAUCUCGUCGAGCAGCCCGGUGCCGCCCGACUUUGGUCACCGGGCUCAGCUCUCGGCCGUUGACUCUGCUGCGUCGAUCGGCUCGCCUGCUCCCUCUGCCCCGGGGACGCCUACUUCGGCCGCGCUGCCCAUGAACCCCCCAAGCGUUGUUAGCCACAGCCGCCGUUCGUCCUUCUCGUCGUCGCGCCGAUCAGUCUCCCCAGCUCCGUCGAUGCCGCUGCCUGCCGUCAUGCCCAUGGAGGCCUCCCCCAAGCCCUCUGUCACGUCUGCCACCAUGGGAACGGGUAUGAAGAAUGCCGCCCUGUACGCGAAUGAGACUCUCACCUCUUUCUUCCGCCGCCUCACCUUCACGCCGGAUGGUAGUCUGCUUCUCACGCCCUCCGGUCAGUACCAGAACCAGCAGCAGACAGACAAGGACUCGAAGCCCACCACCGAAGUCAUCAACACUGUCUACAUCUACACUCGAGGCGGCAUCAACAAGCCUCCGGUGGCGCAUCUACCGGGCCACAAGAAGCCCUCGGUAGUGGUCAAGUGCUCGCCUGUAAUCUACACGCUGCGCCAGAACCCGCCAGCCACCAAGCACAUCGCCAUUGAUACGUCAUCCUCCGACGAGCUGAUGCCCCUGUUACCCGAGCCUCUUUCGGCACCGUCGCCCGGAGCUCCUGGCAUGGAGCCCCCGCCCCCUCCGACAAUAUCUGCAACGCCCGACGCCAGGGGAGCGGGAGCGAUGGAUGCAGUCUCAGCCAACCCUAACGGACCAAGGCCCGCCUUCUCUCUCAACUACCGCAUCAUAUAUGCAGUGGCAACGCAGGAUUCGGUCCUGUUGUAUGACACGCAGCAGAAGACGCCCAUCUGUGUCGUGAGCAACCUGCACUGUGCAACAUUCACCGACCUGGCAUGGUCGAGUGACGGUCUCACACUCAUGGUGUCGUCCUCUGAUGGCUUCUGCUCAAGUCUAUCAUUCGCACCCGGGGAGCUGGGAGAAGUGUUCAAGGGCGAGAUCGGUCCCCCCAAGUCAGCCGCCACAGGCGUAUCGUCAACCCACAACACCCCAGCUGCCACACCUUUCCCGCAAUUCGCACCCCCGUCACCGUAUAGAUCCAACUCGGCCAGCGGCCAGCAGCGGACCUCGGCAGGGGCCGGCAGCAGCUUCACUGCCCCCUCGCCGCCGCCGGUAUCUGCAGCGUACUCCGCUUCUUCUGCCGCCGCCGCUGCGGUUGUCACUCCGCAACGACCGCACUCGCCUGCACGGUCCAACUCGACGUCAUCCAUUGCCACGCAGUCUUCUGUCGUGCCCGCAGGUGGCGUCAAGAGUAACCCUACCCUCGUGGGCGGUAGCGUACCCGGUAUCGCGGCCGCUAACUCGGGCAAGGUCACGGGCGUUCCUAUAACGACACCGCCGGAGACACCCGGGAGCAACGGCGCGUCGGGAGUCACCAGCACUGCCGGUACCAAGAGGGAUGCCAGCGAGAGUGAGAAGGAGGAGAUCAAGGAGCCCAAGAAGCGACGUAUCGCGCCGACUCCGGUUGGUCAGUCAGAUGCCUGA